UUCGUGUGUUCUGUGCAGGUAAUAUUUAGUUUUCGAUAUGGAAAUUGAUAACGAAAAAUUGAUUAGUGCCGUUCGUGAAAAGCCUCCGUUGUGGAACAUGAAAGACAAAAGGUAUCAUUCUCGUGAUAUUCAGAGGAAAUUGUGGUCGAAAGUUGCAGACGAAGUAGGUGUUACUAAUAAUGUGAACGAAGUAAAGAAAAAGUGGAAAGGAUUGCGCGAUGUAUUUAGAAGAGAAUAUAAAAAAGUCCAUAAAUCAGGAGAUGAGGCGCCGGAGGAAGGUUCCUCUUCAUGGACUUUCUUCGACCAGAUGCUGUUUCUCUCCGACAUAAUUGAGCCACGACAGCUGAAGGGAAAUGUUGCCUCGACAGAAAGAACAUUUUCUCGAAAUAAUGUCGGAGACGAUAUUGCCGAUGAAGAUGAUUUGCCUGAUAUGGAAUCACCACAAGCAGUUGUCACUGACAAAGGAGAACUCAAUAUGUCAUCGAGCGAAACCAGUAAGAUGGAACCCCCAGUACCUGCAAGCAAUCAUCAGACGCCUAGAAAACAGCAUGAUACACAACCAGGUAAUGCUGACGUUCGUCCUGCUGGUCCUCCAUUAACACCUAGAACUAGCAAUCCUAAACGUAAAAAAAAUACACCAGCAGACAUCACGGUUGACGAUAAAUUUCUAGAAAUCGAGAGGGCUAAGUUGCAGUUAUUUACUGAACAUGCUAACAAAGAAGGAGACAGCGACUAUCAGUUUUUGGUUAGUCUUCUACCAUAUCUAAAAAAGUUCCAGAACACCGCAAAUUGCAUGCAAGAAAUAAACUUCAGCAAGUUCUUAUUGAUGAAGGAGAGCAAUACCACAGAUCCCCGCAAACCCCAUCGACCUACACAACAACACCGGUACCCUCGCCUUGCACCAGCGAAACCGGUGGACCCUCAUGGACGAUUCAAACGUCGAACUCAUCUGCAGACCAGAUUAAUACAGGUUUGCGACAAUAUUUCGGGAACUUUCAAGAUAUCCAGUAACUGUGUUAUAAUAAGAAGGCUAAUACCGAUCAGGCGCAAUAAGAAUUACAACACGAAUGCAUAUUGUCCGACUAUUGAGUACUUUUUUAUUUCCUUUUAUGAUAGAUGGUUUUGUUACUUUUUUUUGUUCAAUUAA